UCUCUCUCCUCUUUCUCUUACAACAUGAUUCAGUUUUCACUUUCAUUCUCAUAACUCAUUCAAUUAUUAUCAUAAUUUAUGUGUUCUGUUUCUGUUCUCUUCUAAGUUACUAUUUGGAAACCUCUCUCUCUCUAGAAAGACCCAGCAAGCCAGGUUGGUAAAGGGGUGAAGAAUGGAUGCUAUAAGGAAGCAAGCAAGCAAAUUGAGGGAGCAAGUUGCCAGGCAACAGCAGGCUAUACUUAGACAGUUGGGCCAAAUUAGCAAUGAACCGCUCAUGACUGAUGAAUCUGAAAUUGAAUGUCUCCAGCAACUUCAAAAGUUAUACACUUCUACAAAGACAGCCAAGCAUUUUCAGCGGCAUAUUGUUCGUGCUAUUGAAGGAUUCAUUUCUGUUAGCUCCAAGCAGAUGGAGAUAGUGAGGAGGAUGGCAAGGGACUGCUGUAAGUAUGGGACUGAGAAUCUAGGUAGUAGUUACCCCCUUGCAAGGGCUUCUCUUCAAUUUGGUAACACAUACGAUACAAUGGAAAAUGAGAGGGAAACUUUGCUCGGGAUCUUGGGUGAUCAGAUCUCUGAGCCACUGCGGGCACAGAUAACAGGAGCUCCUUUGGAGGAUGCACGCCACCUCACUCACCGCUAUGACAAACUUCAUCAAGAGGUAGAAGCCCAGGCUGCUGAAGUUUUGAGGCGCCGAUCAAAGUUGAGGAAUUCUUCUGUUUCUGCAGAGAGUGCUGUGAGGCUUCAAAAUGCAGAAACAAGGUUGAAAGAACUUAAAUCUGCCUUGGCAGCACUUGGUAGAGAAGCAACUGCUGCUAUGUUGUCUGUCGAAGAACAACAGCAACAGAUGACUCUCCAGAGUCUUCGUACAAUGGUGGAUGCUGAGAGAUCCUAUCAUCAGCAUGUCCUUGUUAUUCUAGAGAAACUAUAUACUGAGAUAAUUGAAGAGAGACAACCAAAAGAGGCUACAUCAUUUCCACUGCCAAAAGAUGGAUAUAAUCAACCUGCAGAUGAGAAUGCUAAUUCAAAUGGCAUCGAUUAUAAACACAACAGUCAAACAGGCACAUACUUUUUUGCAAAGGUCAUACAUCCAUUUGAUGCUCAAGCUGAGGGGGAGUUAAGCCUAUCAGUUGAUGAUUUUGUUGUAGUUCGUCAGGUUGGCCCCAAUGGAUGGUCUGAAGGAGAAUGCAAAGGCAAUGCUGGAUGGUUUCCCUCUGCUUAUGUACAGAGACAGGACAUGAUACCAGCCAGCAAGAUAACAGAAUAACUUCACACGAUACCAACAUUGGUCUUUUGAUUAGGUGAGGCAAAAAUUGUAUAUUAUAAUCACGGAAUAGGUGCAGCAUUUGAAAAGCCAUAGCAUGUGCUUGCCAUUAUUUUUGGGUGGUUCUAUCAUCUGUGCAGUAUGUUGUAUAUGUGAGAGCAUAAUUGCAAUAGGAAAUAGCAGUUUGAAUAUUUAGAUUGAUAUAUUAUUGGCAUCUGCUUAAGCCCUUAGGUCAUUUUCUAAGGAACUUAGUUUUCGAGAUGAAAAGCUUAGUAAGGUGGGUAAGUGUUAAUUUUAUGCUGUCCAUAUUCUAUAGCAUUGUUUGUAAUUCUAAAUGAAAGAUAUGGCGAGAAACAUUGUAUUUAAGAAAUCUUCCUAUGCAUCAAUAUGGAAAAAGUAAUUUGUAUCUUUA